AUGCAUCAAAAAGGCACGCACUUGCGUUUUGAUUCCUCGUCACCGUCGCCGCCGCAACAAAAAAGGAAACACGAUGCGAUUACGCAAAACACCACCACCAAAAAAGCCGCGAACUCUGUAUUGAACUCUAAUUUUGGUGAUGAUGGUAGUGGUGGCGGCGGUGGCGACGACGACGACGACGACGACGACGACGACGACGAUGAUGAUGAUGAUGAUGGUGAUGAUAACAAUCCGCAGCAGAAUCAAGUUGUGUUUGAACCGGAUCAACUCGAUUUGUUUAUGAAGCAGCGAGUGGGUGGUCAUGCGGUUUCGUCGUUUCUUAACGACGUUCUCUGCGAAGAUCGUCGCGGUCCUGUGCAAGGAACGCCGGAAUGGUUCGAGCAUCGUCAGGAUAAAAUUACCGCGUCAAAGUUGCAUGAUCUUUGUCAUUCUCCUAUUGCCGGCGCGUCGAAUCAAUUCGCCGAAGAAGCAAAAGCGCACGGCACGAAGCACGAAGGAAAGGCGCGAGAAGUCUGGGCUAAACUCAAUAAUAAAAAAGUGUAUAUUCCGCCUGCUAUUUCUGCUGGGGAUGAAGAAAUAUUAGGGAUCCCCACGUCCUGCGAUGUCCGUAAUGCGCUGUCCGCCUCCGCCGACGGCAUCACGCACGACGGGUGUUUGAUGGAGAUAAAAUGCCCGUAUCUGGCGAAAUGGACAAACAUCGUUGAAAAUCCGCAGAAUAUAUCGGAGAGAUACAGAUAUCAAAUUCAGUUUUCGCUCCACGUCUUAAAUCUUAAGAAGUGUCAUCUCAUUCGCUACCUUCCGCCGGGUGGAAAUAAAAGAGGAGAGGUUCCCAAUGACGAUGUUAAUGGCGAUUUAGUUGUAACGACUAUAACUCGCGAUGAGCACUUCUUUAACCAAAUCUUGGACGACGACGGUACGACCAUCGGUCAAAUCGUGAGCAGAAAAGCGCUGGAGCUCAUGAAUAAGAAAAAGUACAUCAUCCCUCUUGAUCAAGUUGAUUUUGACGCGUUUCGUUCGCUCCUCGAGAACAUCGAACGUGUAGAUUUGAUAGCUGGCAAAGCCUUUAGAGAAAAGUUUGCCUCGUCUUUCAGCGCGACGCCAAGGCGAAAGAACAAAGUCACCGGGUUUGAUGGAGGCGAUUGGUGCUCCGACGCGUUUUUGCUUGUUUUCAGAGAUCGAGACAAUUUUGAAGCGCUCACGAUGGACGACGCGCGAACGUAUCUCUCGAAUGCAGCCAAGGAGUCUCGUCGUGUUGGUGUCGUGACGACGAUUCAAGUUUUGUCUUGUUGUAACGACGGGUUUCAUCCGGGCAAGGAUUUUGCUCUUGGCCGCAACGCUCCUCGUACUUUCUCCGAGACUAUACACAUUUUGCUCGACGAGUUUUAUGCCAUGACUGUUGAUCGCGCGAGCCGUUACGAUAAAUGCGCAAUUUUAGUGUGCAAUUUUUUACAAGUUGGUCUUGUUAUGCGGUUUCUGAGCGGCAAAAAAGAGAAAUGGAUUAAAAAGCACGUUACCGAGGAAUUGUCUUUCCCGCAGUCCGAUUUGUCUUUCCCGCAGUCCGAGCACUUCAAAAUCAGCAACAAAAACGAAACGGAGAGCACGUUUUUUAAAAUAUCCAGAAAAGAACUGAAGGAACUUGCAACGACGCGUGUGGAGAAUUUUAGUUCGUUGGUUCUGCCUCUCGGCUUCGAGUUGCAUUUGCGCACAAGUUUCGCGCGCAAUCUGUUAGAGCAGCAGCAGCUCGAUGCGUUGCCCAACGUGUUCGCGUUACAAAUGCCACACCCGACAGCGCACGUGUACGACGAGAACCCCGCUGCUAAAGAAGACUACCACAGAGCUGUUUUGGCUACCUUCAACGUCGACGACAAAGUAUUGAUGCAACGAACAAUUCGUCCUCGCCCGCUCCAAGUACUCUCUGACGAGCAAAAAGCAAACGUUCUUGCAAAACUCGAACUUUUCGUUGCGCACAUGAAAAAGGACUCCGACGACGACAGCACAUCCGCGAAAUUUAAUUUGGAUGAUGAACAGAUUAAAGUCGUCGAGAAGAAUGUGAAAGAAGUUUUGGCGGGUAACUCGACGUUGGCGGUGGUUGAGCCGUGCCGCACCGGCAAAACGCGCAUUACGCUCGCGUUGGUGUGUUUGUUCCUCGAUGUGUUCCUCGACGGCGUCUGCGAGAAGCAACGCAAAAAAGCGAAAGUGUUGUUUGUGUCUUCCGUUAGCGCGAGUGCGUUUCAGAAUGAAUUCUCAUCUUUCUGUGCCGCGUUUGCGAAGAUUGCUGGUAUGGCGCGUCUCUGUGUGAACUCCAUCGACGAGAGAAUUGUCUGUAACACGAUGACGAGUUUGCAGAAAGCGCGCAAAGUUCUGGUUACUGAUACUUGGUACGCGAUCGUCGUGAUUGACGAAGUGCACGAGACGUACUCGUUGUCGCAGCAUGCCGAUCCAAAGACAGAAAACAACUCUUAUUUUCGUAUCGCGGAAAGCUUGCGCGGAGGGUUGAAGAUUUGUGUGACCGGGACGCCAAUCGUGCGCGGCGUCCGCGACGUUUUUUUCUUGGGACGCUUGCUAGGUUUUGACUUCUCUGAGUGGGACAAUGACGAAAAUACUUUUGUGAGUGAUUGCGCUUCGCGCGUUGACAGGUUGCUCAUGGCUGGCGUUGCCGAUGAUCCGAACGCUCGGAGCGCGUUGACCAUGUUGGAGAGUUACUUUUUCACUCCGUGCGUUGCGCGUGUGCAAGAUCCUCUCCACGUGAACAACAAAAUCGUGUUCGAGUUUGACAAAUCGUGGUUUCCCGCUCUUGGCGAUGACGGUGAUGUCGAUGAUGAUAAUGGGGAUGGCGAUGAUGAUAUUGGGGAUGGCGAUGAUGAUAUUGGGGAUGGCGAUGAUGAUAUUGGGGAUGGCGACGACAAAAAUUUUAAAGCGCCUUACGAUUCCACUACUCUUUUUCUGGAUACGAAAUGGAUAUCAAACGAGUAUUUCUUACGGGCAUACUGCUCGCGUCUCUACGGCGCGCACCCGCAACUCGCUUUGAAUUUUCUAUAUCAGCACCUGUCGGACGUUGAAGCCAAGUUAUCCGCACUUGGCGUUUCGCCUCUCAAUAUCCACAAUAACGAUGCUGGAAAUGAUGAUGAUGAUGAAGAUGAUGAUGUUGAUGACGAUGAUGAUAGCGAUGAGUCCGACGUUGACUUAAACGAUGAUAAUGAAGGUGAUAAUAAUGAUAAUAUGAUAAAUGACGAUGAUAAUAACGAUGAUGCUAAUAAUGAACAAAUUGAGUUGUUGAACAACGAGCGCACGAAAUUGUUGAAAUUGAUUUGCGACAUUCAGCAUGCACCAACGGCUUCGCUCUCAGAUUCUUACGUCGCUCCGGCACAAAUGGCGUACAUCGUCGACGCCGUGUGCGAACACGUUACAGCCGAGCGCAAGGUUGUUAUAACGUGCGAAUAUCUCUCCGCGCUUGAGAAAUUUCGACAAAUUCUCGUGCACAAGAUUCCAGAAUUACAGACGGAUUCAGAUUCAACUUGUUUGUUUGAUGCGGCGCACUUCGAGACAUCAGAGAAGCGAACGAAGGUUCUCGAGCGCUUCGCCAAUCCCAACAGCAAUCUUCGUGUUCUUUUCGUGUCGUCUUCGAUUGGAAGCGCUGGUGUUAGUUUUAACGUCGCGCACGAACUGAUUAUUAUGCAAGUUGGUUGGAAAGCGUCGCUGGAGGCCCAGAUGUCGCAUCGGUUAAGUUCGCGGCGCGAUUCCAACGAUUCCAACGACGAGCGCCGCGUGACGACGCUUGUGACGAGUCUUGCUGAUUUUAUUCGCCUCGUAAGCUUCUUGGUAUAUGCCGAGGUUGCGGUUUUGUGCAAAGUGGGUAGCGUUGUUUGCAGUGACGAACGUUUUAACGCGCGCUUGCGCGUGCCUUGGUUUUUGACGCGGUUGAACGAAACGAAAGAACAAGAGUGUACUGCCUUCUUGCGCUCUUUUUUCAAAACUGCCAUUGAUGCUGCUCGCGCCGGCACCCACAGCGUCAAAGUCACCGAAAACGAAAACGAAAAUACCGUUCGGUUGGAAAUGAGCGACGUCGAACUUCGAAAGAUGCUAAAUAGCACUUCACCCCCCACACUCUCGAAGCACUCUCGUCCAGCGAAGCAUUUUGCCGGGAGAGGUCGGCCUGUCCGCGGAAACAGUAACCGAGAAAGAGUUGCAAGCGGAGGAGGAGAGCGGCAACAACGUCAGAGGCAGGACAGAAAGAAAAAGGAUAUCGAUAGCACUUCGCUCGUCCUUCGAAUACCGCCGUCGCAAGACAGGAAAGUUGAAACGAACAUUAAAGCAGUACUUGACUUGCUGACUUCUACAACGGCCCAAAAUGAUGCCGAAGAAAAAAAAAUUAUUGGUGCGCACACGUCUUUUGUCGAGGUUUCAUUACAGCCUCACUUGGUCGAGUUUUCCGCGUUGCCAGCAAACACAUCCGGCAGAAAAGUUGUUCAACGUUACGUAGAUGACAUAGUCGGCUCCCGAGACUACACGUGUGAACGAACGAACGAUAACACGUACGAUUGGUAUGCCCAGUUCGUGUGCGCUGAGUCGCAUUAUUUCCCGAACGAAACAAUCAAGAAGCUCCUGAACGAAAAGAAGGGAACGAAUCGUAAGUGUGGUCCGGAAAGUGCAUUUCUUCGUCCUUCGAUGACGGAUGCUUCAUUGCUGUUGCUGUGCGAAACCACCGGCUACAAAUUAGUCUCUCCUUUUCGCAGCGACAUGGCGUUUAUGCACCUGCAUGUAAAAAUCUUUUGCACCCCGGCCGGGGUAGCGUUUGAUCCAGUUUCGAAAAAAUUGUUCCUUCUCGACGUGCACGUCGAUUCGAUGCUCACGCUCGACGGCGCGCUCGACUCUGCGCGCGAGUCUCUUCUCGUGAAACGCACGGAAUUAAUAUAUGCGCUCGAAAUAUUCGGACUUGAGCGCGGCAUUUUGGUCGACGUCGGCAUCGACCGCACUUCUUCGGUUCCGGUUCGGACGAUGCGAUUGGUGUACAUAAACAACAAAAUGGUGAGAGAAUACUUACUCCUGCCAAAUACGUGA